AACGCGACAUGCGCCCAGGUUUUAUUGCCUCUCGCGCAAGAAAUUUAUUUAACCACGCGUUUUUGGAGCAGCGGAAACGAGGCAUAUCGAGUUAAUUUCAAGAGGAAAAAAAAAACAUUGAGUGAAAAAAAAAUGGAGGUAACUCUCGUGGAUUACUUCCCUUAGUUGAUACGUGAUCUCUAACAGCCUGCGAAGGCUGAGCUAAAAAAAAACACAAUCGAUCAAGUCAUUGAAAACUAAAGCUCGGCCAUAAACAUGGAUUAGUACACGCCGAGAGGAGAAACUCAUAAAGUGAAAUUGUUUCAUUCACCCAAUAAUUCUUCACAGACGUCACAUCCUGCCACGUGAUUUCAUGGGAAUUUAACGCUAAAUAUAGAUUAGACUCGGAUGGAUUUUAACAUCACUUUUUGAUCUGUCAAAUCAACUGUUUACCUGGGGCGCCUGCAGGUCAGCAUGACAUUGAGUUAACCGUCACAAUGACGUCACGCGUUUGGUGCCAGCGACAAGGAUGUCAUUCCUACUGAGAAAGGUCAUCAAGCCGUGGAACGCCGCCAAGGAUGCCAGUAACACCAACACCUCCGACAAACCCGUGUGUCCACCGUCACCUGACCUCUCACACUUGACCCCGGAUGAAAUCAACGUCAUCAAUGACGUCAUACGGCGCCAGGAGGAGUUUGACCGGCAAGAGGCGAACAGGGUCAAGAAGCUCAAGGAAGAUCUGGACAGCCUCCAGCACCAACUGGCCGUCAAGUCCAUCGCCGGCACCCAGAACAAGAAGGUCGUUGACCUCCGCCUGUGCCGGCUCUGCUUCAAGACCAAGUUCGCUGACGGGGUGGGGCGGGUGUGUGCCGACUGCCAACAGAGGGUGUGUCCCCAGUGUGGGGCCUUCACCAAGCCCAAGUCUAGCUCCAGGAAAAACAAGAGCGUGAGGGGGAGGUGGAGGUGCAGACUUUGUAUCGCCAGACGUGAGGUCCUGUGCCGGACCGGGGGCUGGUACCACGGUGCCACCGACCCGUCGGACGACCUCAAGAGGAAACUCUCCCAGGUCAAUGACCCGGAGGGGGACACGGACGUUGGAAGUAGCACGUAUCACGGUAACUACACUAACCUUGAAGACAGCGAGGCCUGCCCAUCUGGGAAUCGCACCGAUUCCGAAUUGUUGCGGCGAAUGACGGGAUGUUCCACCGCGAAAAAUGCGGCAAACGCUAAAAAAGUUGGGCGUCGCCGCUCUCUGCCGCCCGAGUCAGGGGUGGUGGAUGACGUCAGAGCGAGAUAUGAUGACGACGAUGACGACAAAGACAGUCUGGAUAGUCUGAUACUGGAGAGGAAAAUGUCGAGACGGAGGCGACAGGAGAAGAGGCAGAGGAGGAGGAUACGGGCAGGGCAGCAGGAGCGGAGCGUCGAGUCCCUGUCCGAGCGGUCGCUGCCCGGGGGGUCAGACGAUCAGACCAACGACAAGGGGACGCUGGGAAACGGAAGUGGUCAGAGGCGGGACAGUCUCACAAGGUCACUCUGGGGCCACAGCAAUUCCUUGAAUUCGUGUGUGAGAAAACACUCCCCCAUCAACGAGAGCAAGGGCGACAACUCCGAGGGGUCAUCGACCUCAGUCAGCAGUGUCUUCUCGUCCUUCCGUGACAGCAGCGUGUCAGAUGGGUUCAAUGGCAUGUCACCAAUCAUGUCACCAAUCAUGUCACCUUCAUCACUCAAAAUCACGCGUCAAGAUGCCUUGAGCCUCAACAGCAGCUGUAUCAGUAUUACCUCGGCCAGUGACAGCAAGUUUGGGGACGGCAGACGUAGCCAUCUUGGGUCAUCUGACCCCCCUAGUGCCAGGUCACGUGACUCUGUCCAGUCGCCGGCAGGUCAGGACUACAAGAGUUUGGCCACGAAGAACAGAGAGAACCUAUCACCCACCGCAUUAGGAGAAAAAUCCCUGCAAAAAUGGCGUCAGUCUGGCUUUCAAGACGCCUAUUUGCUUCACCUACAGUGUACACAGUCGAAAGAGAACCUGUAUGGAAUCAAGGUGACAGGCGGUGUCCAGGAUACUCUGAAAGUCUGUAGGGCGCUGGUCAAGUGGGUGUCACAAGAUGUCAGGAACAAACUUAAUGCUGGUGACGAGAUUCUCGAGUGGAACGGCGAGAUCCUCCGUGGUCAGACCUACGAUUACGUCAACUCAGUACUCUCCUACGUCUACCCUCAAGUGGUUGUCAUAGCAACGCCCAACUACGGCAGAAGUGACGGUCAGACACUGUGUGAGGAGCCGAUUGUCAUUUCACAAGAUCGUCCACCCAGCCACAGCCCCGAUCUGCAAAGUAAAGGCGGGAAAAGGCGGAUGUUGCCGCGAACUCCGGUGGAGAUCAAGCGUGGCACACGGCAGAUUAAAGGUGAGUUACAGGUGAGAAUUUGCUACCAGCCACACCGGAUGUCCCUGGCUGUGACGGUGCUACGUGCCAGGAACAUUACGUCACCAAACCACGCGGACAGCUCGCCACCCAACCCGUUUGUCGUCAUCAACCUGGUGCCAGGUCAAAGAGAUACUUUGGAGACGGAACUUCAGACGUCAAACUGCCAUCCAGAAUGGGAGCAGACGUUUCUCAUAGAUGGCGUCACAACAACCGAGCUGGUAGCCAAAGCCCUGCAACUGACUGUGUGGAGCUACGAGGACAGAUGUGACACAUUUAUUGGAGAAAUAUUGUUAGACCUAGCACACACACACUUAGACAAUCAGCCUCAAUGGUUUAACUUGGAAGAACAUGAUGAAAACAGCGCCCCCUUGCCCCACCGCAGGAGCAGCCACUCUGCCAGUCUCUCCGCCAGUUUGACCAGUGGAUCUUUUAAAGACUCCGCCCUCUUUAGUCCUGCAGUAUCUCCGGAAGUGCCUUCACACCGCCAGCACCAACACUCGCCUUCUUCUAUUGGUUCAAACAAUGUUUCUCCUGUGCCUUCUGGGCCUUCGCGAGUUGGUUCAAGGGAGUUUCACCUCAACAGUGUAUCUCAGCCUGAUAGCUUUACUACAAAAGUCAGAAAGAAAAUGAGAACAACAGUUUCAAAAAUGGCUUCAUUAACUCUUAUAGAGAAGAGGGACACUGCAGGUUCUGAUGAAAGCACACACAGUGAUAUACACAGAAGGUCCUCUGACAAAAGUGACAAGGGAAUGCCACUAUCCAGAAGUCCUAACGCCAUCAAAAGAAGACAAAACUCACCCCACCCCAGAGAACUGUUACGCCACAAACAGGAAGUGACCAGCUCAUUAUCAGUGUCCAGUGAUCAUAGCAUGGAUCUUCUAGCACCUCCCCAACCUCCCAGCAGAACUAACAGUAGCUCUAGUUUUUUCUUAUCUGAUGAUGAGGAGACUCAAGGAAGUGUGUCUUCUGCAACACCAGAUCGACCUCCACCAGAAGGCGAUGACAUCACAUCAUUGCUAGGACCUGGACAGAUUCCACCAAAGCCGUCUGCGGAAACGACUGUGUGUGGAGACAUCAAGCUGGGGUUCAUGGUGUCCAAAGGUCAACUGGAAGUGGACAUAAUUUGUGCUGCUGGACUCCACAGAUCAGGCCAGACCCAACCACCAGAUACCUAUGUAAAAACUUAUUUAGUGGAGGGGAAGAAAGUGAUUCAAAGAAAGAAAACACUAAUUGUCAAGUCAUCGUUUGACCCCAUGUACAGGAAGAAGAUCAAAUAUUCUGCCUGUAAUGUUCAUGGGAGAAUCAUGAAGAUUGUGAUUUGGGAGAGAGCAAAGAGCUUUGAAAAGAAGUUAUGUAGAGGGGAGGUGUUGGUCCGCUUGGAUGGCCUUGACCUCUCUAAGCACACUAUGGCCUGGUACAAACUUUUCCAGAUCAAUUCCACAGAUUAUGGAUCUGAUGAGUUUUUGAGUUCCUGGUGAGGCACAAGCUACUCCAGAUCAAAAUAUUUUGGUCUGUCAAGUUGUUCAGCUCUUGGUGAGGCACAAGCUACUCCAGAUCAAAAUAUUUUGGUCUGUCAAGUUGUUCAGCUCUUGGUGAGGCACAAGCUACUCCAGAUCAAAAUAUUUUGGUCUGUCAAGUUGUUCAGCUCUUGGUGAGGCACAAGCUACUCCAGAUCAAAAUAUUUUGGUCUGUCAAGUUGUUCAGCUCUUGGUGAGGCACAAGCUACUCCAGAUCAAAAUAUUUUGGUCUGUCAAGUUGUUCAGCUCUUGGUGAGGCACAAGCUACUCCAGAUCAAAAUAUUUUGGUCUGUCAAGUUGUUCAGCUCUUGGUGAGGCACAAGCUACUCCAGAUCAAAAUAUUUUGGUCUGUCAAGUUGUUCAGCUCUUGGUGAGGCACAAGCUACUCCAGAUCAAAAUAUUUUGGUCUGUCAAGUUGUUCAGCUCUUGGUGAGGCACAAGCUACUCCAGAUCAAAAUAUUUUGGUCUGUCAAGUUGUUCAGCUCUUGGUGAGGCACAAGCUACUCCAGAUCAAAAUAUUUUGGUCUGUCAAGUUGUUCAGCUCUUGGUGAGGCACAAGCUACUCCAGAUCAAAAUAUUUUGAUCUGUCAAGUUGUUCAGCUCUGUGAAUGCAACGAAAACUUUUUUUUUAAAAAUGACAAUUAUAAAACAGCGUUGGACCAAAGAGAACACAUUUCUAUUUUUAUCUAAUUUAAUAUUUCUUGCUUUUUUUUAAAAUCAUGUGUGUAGAUUCUAAAGUGACCUUAAGGUCAUAAAAGUGUUUUAUUUUAUACUGUUUGCAGCCAAAAAGAUAAACACUCAAUUAUAUAUUGCAACUUAUUUAAUGAGUGUGAUUAUGUAAUGAUUGCAUUUAUAUUAAAUUAUUCUUUAAUUUGCGAAUUAUGUAAUUAAUAUUAAUUAUUACUUUUACCACAGGGGUGAUAUGCAUUUAGAAAUCUCUAUGUGUUUGCUUAUGCAAGUAAUUUUAUGUAGCUUUUUCAAGUUUUGCAUGUGUUAAGCUUGCUUGAUGGUUUAAUGUCUGACACCAUUUGUUAAACUUGAUUGAUGGUUUAACAUUUGUCUCCAUUUGUUAAACUUGCUUGAUGGUUUAAUGUUCGACUUCAUUUGUUAAACUUGCUUGAUGGUUUAAUGUCUGACUCCAUUAGUUAAACUUGCGUGAUGGUUUAACAUUUCACCCCAACUGAGCCUUACCUUAAAACAUUUGUAUGUGCAGAUAUUUCCGCUUGUUGAUCAACAUUGAUAUGUAAUUAUGAUAUAUAAACUUGGUAUAUUUACUA